UUUAUAUUAGUACAUUACAAGUUUUUAAUUAACAUACAUUUUAGGGUUUUAUCAGGAUAUUGCAGGAUAUCAUGAGUAGUUAUGGACUGUGCCAAAAAGAUAUCAGUACUUAACGAUGAUACAAAUGAUUUUUCAGAAGUGCUUAUUUAGCAUAUUUUGGAAAAUUAUUCAAAAUGUCAACCGAUCUAAAAAAAGGCCACUUCAUUUGACGUCGAGGCGGGGUCAUUUUCAUCGUACAAAACUCUGUUAUACGACAAUCAAAGAGCUGAAAGAGCAUUUAUAUUUGAAAACUUACGGAAACAUUUAAUUAUUCAAUGUAACAUUGAAGAAUUGAAAUCUAUGAGAAGCGAAUGUGAUAACGAGUUAAAAAAAAUAUUCCUACAAGCAAAGGUUAUGGCUGUUAAAAUGGAUAUUGAGUUGACAAUCAAACGGUUGAAUAAAAGACAAAAAAUCGAGCAAAUCCAUUGUCUGAUCAAAAAAUGGAUGCGGAAACUUACUAUAAAAUAACUGUUUUUAUACCAAAUGUUGAUUAUUUCAUAACUGAAUUGGAAAAUAGAUGGCACACUCAGACAUUUUCAAAGGGUUUGAGAGUUUAUUUUCUUCUAAUACAGUUUUAACUGAAGUUGAAGAAACUUCAUUUAAAAAAUUAGUUGAAUUUUACCAACUAGAUGUAGAAAACUUAAACAUUUUACUGGUUGAGCUAAAGUUGUGGAGGCACAAACUAAACAGAUCAUCUAAUAAUGUACCAAAAUCAGCUCUUCGAGCGCUUAUUGAAUGUGAUGCUAAUAUAUUUCCUAAUAUAUUUAUAAUAAUCAAAAUUUUAUGUACAUUGCCUGUAUCCAUUACAACACCUAAGUGGAUGUUUUCAUCCCUUAAAAGAAUAAAAACAUACUUAAGAAAUGCCAUAUCUGAAGAUCGAUUGAAUGGAUUAACUAUGUUGGCUUUCCACAAAAAAAUACAUAUUGACACAGAGGAGAUAAUAAACAAGUCAGCCAAAAAACCUAGGAAAUUGGAUUUUUAUCUUAUAAAUAAUAGAGUUUAUGGAAAUUAAAUUUUUGUAUUAAUGUAACUGUGUAUAUAAUUAUGUUUAAAAAAAAAAAUAACUGUUAGGAGGGUGUGGGAGCAAAGCCCCCCACUUUAUGUUUAUCCAAUUAAUUAAAUACCCCCCCCCAGAACCAAAUCAUAGCUACGCCACUGAUCCCUAAAUAUAAUUAAAAUAAAAGUUAAAGCCAUUAAAUAUUUUGAUAUAGUUUAAAGUUAUAAUCUUAUAACCUACCUAUAGUUAACAGCUAAUCUAUAGCUAAUAAAUAUAAUUUAUAAUAAUAUUAUUUUAGUAUUUAGUGAGUAGUUUGGUAAAUAGUAUAACUAGUAUAAGUAUUAAAAAGGCAGAGCCGCAAUUCGCAAAGGUAAUUUAGGUACAUACCCACCAAUAAGGUGGGUACCAUACAUAAUAUAGUCUAUACUCUAUAGUCUAUGGUAUAGAGCAGUGAUUCUCAAUCUUUUUAGUACCGCUACCCAAAUUUAUCCCGAAAUAUCUUUCGUGACCCACAUGGUUUCACUUUUCAAAAAGUAGUUAUAAAAAACAAAAUUUGUAUUAUAUAAAUAUGUAUGAAUUUGUAAUAUAUAUUUAGUAUUUUAUAGGUUUAUAAUCAAUUUAUUUUUAUAAAUGUACUUUUAAUAAUGAGGUGUAUGCGAAAUGUUUACUUGUUUUGUUAUGGUUAAUAACAGCAUUGACAUUAUAAUUCAAAAAAUUUUUUCGCGACCCGCUAAAAAUUGACUAACGACCCACCAAUGGGCCGCGACCCUCACUUAGAGAAACGCUGGUAUAGACUCUAUACUCUAUAGCAGGUUAGGUUAGGUUCUGUAAUCAUAAUAUUAGUAUACUAAUAUACUUAUAUUAUUUUAUACGUAGUAUAAUAAUUGCAUGCUUUCAUGUUUUACGUUAAUUUAUACGAUUUAUUAAUUGACAUAAAAUAAAUAAUAUUAUUGUUUACUCAAUUUUCUAUUUACCGGUUUAUGUCACAAUAAUACCUAUUUGUUCAUUUAUAAUAGCUAUUUUUAAACCAUACAAUUCUUCAUUUCUAUUUUUGAAUCAUAUUUUUAAUCAUAUAUUGUAUCUAACUUUUUUAAUUAGUUAAUUAAGCAAAAACAUUCCACAGACCGUGAGGCUUGCCAAAACACAUGCUCAUCUAAACAACGUAAAUACAAGCUAAAACCCGUAUUCUUAGAUCUUUAAUUUGAAGUAGGUGUGUUAAUAAAAUGUUAAAUAAUAACUUAAUAACAGUUAUUUUUCGUAGAUGGUUAAAUAAUUAAUAUG